ACAUCAGCGGAAGUGACCUUUGGUUUGUCAGAUGCUAACUGGUUGCUAAGCUGCAGCCGGAGACCGGAGCUCGAGACUGUCAACAACAAGUGUUUACCGGCGGCGGAGACCGAUUAGCUUCUCACGGUUUAACUAACAGCCAUUCAGAUGAUUAACGGCGGCCGACAGACCAAGGUGGAGAAGGCUCCGUGCAGACCGUAGAGGACAAGCUGAUGUCUGAACUCGCUGAUCCUGACUGAACUUCAUGAAUUAACCUCGGCACUUGUCCAGCAUUUCAGAGGAAGCAGCCAGUCUCCCGGUGAGAGCAGUAUGGCUGCAGCCAGCACCACCAAGAUCUCCUGGAGGCUGCAGGAGUUUGAGGCUCACUCCAGCAGCGUUACCUGUCUGGCUCUGGGGAAAAGCUCCGGCCGCCUGCUGGCUACCGGAGGAGAGGACUGCAGGGUCAACAUCUGGGCCGUCAGCAAGGCCAACUGCAUCAUGAGUUUGACUGGUCACAGGAACCCAGUGGAGUGUGUCCAGUUCAACACGUCAGAGGAGCAGGUCGUCGCUGGUUCCCAGUCUGGAUCAAUACGAGUCUGGGACCUGGAGGCUGCCAAGAUUUUCAGGACUCUGAUGGGACACAAAAGCAACAUCACCAGUCUGGGCUUCCAUCCGUUUGGACAGUUCCUCGCCUCCAGCUCCAUGGACACCAACAUCAAGCUGUGGGAUGUGCGGAGGAAAGGAUACGUGUUCAGGUACAAGGGUCACACUCAGGCCGUGCGGAGUCUGGCCUUCAGUCCGGACGGGAAGUGGCUGGCUUCAGCCAGCGAUGACUGCACCGUCAAGCUGUGGGACCUGACUCAGGGGAAGACCAUCACCGAGUUUAAAUCUCACACCGCAGCCGUCAACGUGGUCCAGUUCCACCCCAACGAGUACCUGCUGGCUUCAGGCAGCUCCGACAGGACUGUCAAGCUGUGGGAUCUGGAGAAGUUUACGAUGAUCGGCUCGUUGGAGGGAGACACCACUCCAGUGAGGUGUGUAUUUUUCAGCUCGGACGGCAGCUGUCUGUACAGCGGCUCCACGGACUCUCUGCGGAUCUUUGGCUGGGAGCCCGACCGCUGCUUCGACGUGGUGCCGGUGGGCUGGGGGAAAGUCUCCGACCUGGCAAUCUGCAACCAACAGCUGAUCGGUGUGUCUCACCAGCUGUCCAGCGUGUCGUCCUACGUGGUCGAUCUGAAGCGCGUGAAGAAGAGCGGCGGCUCCAUGAUCCAGGGAAUCAUCCAGGACAACCAGCCGCUCACAGAGCCAAAGGAUCCUAAAGGAGCCGCGCUGCGCAGGAACUACGAGAGACCCACAACCACCUGCAGCUCACAGAGGGUGAAGCAGAGCUCGGAGGCUGAUAGGCGGAGCCCCGAGGGCGAGAGGCGGAGCCCCAGCGAGGACGAGGCGGACGAGAAAGUGUCGUCGGCUGAAAUCCACAACGCCGAAGACUUCAAGGAGAUCUUCCAGCCGAAGAACGCCAUCUCGCGAACUCCUCCGAAGAUAUCGGAGCCUUUCCCUGCUCCUCCAGAGGACGGCUCCCCCCUGGCUUCCUCCACCCCUGUCCAGAGGGUGGAGCCUACAGUGGUCUCCUGUGCAAAGCGACCUGCGGCCCCCCCCUCAGCUGGUGGCCAGGCCUCCUCCAACCCCCCCGCCUCCUGCCUGCCUCCUCCUCAGCCCCCCGUCAUUACGGCGAAGCCCAAACCACCGAACCCUAAAAUCAUCCUGAGCAGCAGGAACGAGCCCAUCGGACUCAAUGUGGCCGACUUCCUGCCUUCUUCCCCCAACAACCGAGCCGUCUCCCUGAGCGAUGAGGAUGCUCUCUCUCAGCUGAAGAAGGGUCACGACACCAUGUGUGUGAUGCUGCGCAGCCGCCACAAGAACCUGGAGACGGUCCGAGCCGUGUGGGCCAGAGAGGACAUCAAGAGCGCUCUGGACACUGCUGUCUCCAUGAAUGACCUGUCGAUCGUCGUGGACAUCCUCAACAUCAUCAACCUUCAACCGUCGCUGUGGAAACUAGAUCUGUGCAUAACGGUUCUCCCUCAGAUCGACCAGCUGCUGCAGAGUAAAUACGAGAGCUACAUCCAGACUGGCUGUACGUCUCUGAAGCUGAUCAUGAAACAUUUCUGGAUGCUGAUCUCAGACACGCUGAAGGCAGCGCCGUCCGUCGGAGUCGACAUCACGCGGGAGGAGCGACACCUGAAGUGCCGAGCGUGCUGCAAGCAGCUGAAGAACCUGAGCAGCAUGGUGAAGAC